AUGAGCGGUUGUGACGAUGCAUCGCGUUAUUUGGAACGUCAGCGACAAACUGCUUCAAUCGUCGUGUCAGCGCAACAAGCGCCGCAUCGUCGUGCAUUAAAAGAAGGUGAAUGGGCAUGUGUUGAUGCUAAAUGCGCUUAUAUUAAUUCUGACCGGAGGACUGUUUGCGAACGUUGUGGUAAAGGUAAACCGCGAUCCAAGAAUCGUGCCGGACGAGAGAUAGGCAAAGAUGCAGCCGAAAAAUCAAAAGGGCUGUUCGCAGCUGAGGAUUGGGCCUGUACAAAGUGUGGGAAUGUGAAUUGGGCUCGUCGAACAACGUGCAACAUUUGCAAUGCACCAAAAUUAGGCGAUCUCGAAGUUCGUACAGGAUAUGGAGGUGGAUAUAUGGAUAGACAAAACGUGGAGUAUAUAGAGCGGAAAGAUGAUGACGAAUUCGAUGAGUUUGGUCGCAAGAAGAAACGGAAGAAAUUGGAUGAUGUUGGAGCUGUUUCGUUCUUAUAUUCGAAAAUUUUUGGAAGGGAUAGAGAAGAUGAAACGAUUAAAGAAGAUGAGAAGCGUAAUAAAGAUGAAGAAGAGAGUGGCGAAAUCGAUCAUGAUUCCGAUGCCGAUAUGAGCAAACAGUUUUGUGACAAGGAGGAAAUCGAGCAGCAAGAGAAAGAUGAAGAUGAAGAAGAAGACGAAGACGAAGGGAGUGAUGAUGAUUUGGAUAAAUACGACCUGAGUGUGGAUGAUUUCGAAGUGGAAGAUUUAAAAGCGAAAAUUGCUGCUCGUAAAGCUGCUCUCGCACAAACAACUGCUGCAUCUCCUGAUUCGAGAUGUUCCUCUGAAUGCUCGUGCUCUUGUAGCGGUGGGGAUUGUUCAUGUGAGGAUAGUGAAACUGAAGAGGAACAGAAGAGAACACUGAAGGAGAAAGAUAAGGAUAAAAAUGUAUUGGAAAGUCGCGAAAAUCGGGAUAGGACAAGGCCUCGCGACCGUGAUGAACGCGAUCAUAAAAGUGAACAUAAAAGUCGAUCGAGGGAACGUUCACCGCGUCGUAUUCAUUCGUCGUCUUAUCGAGACAAGGACAGACGCUGA